AUGUCUGUCCGUGCAGUACCUCUAGCCAGCUACAGCGGAACAGAAGUUUUCCAGCACCCCUGCUCUAAAAAGUUAAACCACGAAAGCCUAAGGGUGGCUUUCACGGAGUCAGCAUAUUCUUCAAAUCCCUCAUCGAGGAUUAGCUGCCUUGCUCCGACACCUCAAAUCUCCGUUCUCUCAGAUGAAUACUCAAGACCAGCAGUGAUUGGACAUGCUGGAGGUUUUGGGUCGUACCCAGACAGUGCUGAAGCUAUCAAAGACAUUCUUGUGUCUGUUUUAAAUGCAUCUGGUUUGAAGCCCUCUUUGGUGCCAGAGCAGACCACAAUGCAGGGAGCUGAACAUCCGGACAGUGACGUGGAACGGUGGGAAGAAAGCAGUGACGGGGAUAGCUGUGACGACAGCGAUUUUGCACAUCGCAACGCUGCCUGUACACAAACAGACAUUCGGUUUACAAGGCACCGGGCGUGUUGGGACAACACGCGCUGCGAUUCCUCUAAACCUUCGCUGGAUACUUUCUUUUGUCCUCGUUACUCUGAUGGGGAUCCUGCUGCUUCCUCCUUGAAUGGUUUCACUCUUUCAGACGUGUCCCCUCUGAAGCGAGACUGCUUUACCCAGGUGACAUUAACAGGAGGCACUGUCACAUCGGCUGUUGUGCAUUCUGGAAAAGAACGUUAUACCCCUCCCGAACGAGACUGGACUUUCACAACAGUUCUUUCCGACUCAACUGUUGGUAAACCAGCAGAUCUGUUGAAAUACCCUGAUGAAUUGGAGCCUGCGCCUGUCAGCAACAGUGACGGCAAUUCUUCCAGUGGACUUUCCAAGUCAGAGCCAGUCAAUCAAACAGGUUCUACUUCUCCUUUGAACAUAAGUGCUAUACCCUGCAAUCGUUCGUUGCAGGACAUCCGCAUGCUUCCAGAAGACGUGGAGAAGGAAAACGCGCACUUUUUUGUUGCAGAUAUGAUUAUAGCAUCGUUAGAAAAAAUGAAAUGUAAUAUCCUAAGUCAACAAGCAGAGUCCUGGGGUGUGGAAGAAACAAGUGGAUCAGAUGGCAGUUAUCACACUGAUUCGGAGUUACCUUCUUACCCUGGAGUGAAGAAGUCUGAUUCUUCUGUUGCCUCUUCAGACAGUGGUUAUGAAGGCUGUGCUCUGCUACCUGUCAGCUCCCCAGUGCAUCUACCAUCACGUCAUGAGGUUACCAGAUUUUGUUGCCACAGUGAUUCAGAGGAUGAAUAUGUAAUUAUUGAACUUGAAGACCUUGAAAAUCUGUCUGCUGCCCCAGAUGAAAGAUCAUCUUUUGAACCAGGCAGCAAUUCUGCUGAAGCAACAGCCCAGGAGUUGUGCAGAGCUUUCAGAAAACACUGGUUGCAGACAGACUCUGUACUUCAACUGUCUGGUUGCCUGAGCUCAUCUAAGCAGAGAUCUGUGCUGAAAGAAGAGAUUCCAAGAGAGCUUGAGUCCAGUUUGAAUCUGGCUGAAGAAAUAAAGAUCAUAUCCAAAUUAAGAGGAUCUUCUGGCUGGGCCCCACCAAGAUCGCAGAUUAUAUUUAAUAUUCACCCUUCAGUCAAGAGAGAUGCAGUGGUGGCUGCCCAAAACUUUACGUGUGUUGGUUGUGGAACUCCGAUAGAAAGCAAAUAUAUCAGGAGACUCCGCUACUGUGACUACCUGGGGAAAUACUUUUGUGACUGCUGCCACAGUUAUGCCCAGUCUUCCAUUCCUGCCCGAAUACUGAUGAAGUGGGACUUCAAAAAAUACUACGUGUGCAACUUCUCCAAACACCUUCUGGACAGCAUAUGGCAGCACCCAAUUUUCAAUGUGUCCUGUGUUAACAAAGCACUCUACACAAAAAGUAAAGAAAUGGACAGGGUGAGGGAGGCACAAGAACAGCUUUUUCAUUUAAAAAAGCUUUUGAAAACCUGCAGGUUUGGUGAAAGUGUACUGAAAGAAUUUGAAAAGGUCCCCAGCCAUCUGACAGAGGAGCUGCAUCUCUUCUCACUGGAUGAUCUGGUGAAGAUCAAACGAGGGCAGUUACUGCCCCUUCUUAAAGAUAUUCUGAAGAGCUCCACUUCCCAUGUGGAUGGUUGUGAGCUCUGUCAAGCGAAGGGGUUUAUCUGUGAAUUCUGUCAGAGCGCAGAUCUGCUCUUUCCAUAUCAGAUUGCCAAAUGCAAAAGGUGCACAGAAUGCAAAACAUGCUUUCACAAAGCGUGCUUCAAGUCUGGAGGCUGCCCUAAAUGUCUGCGGAUCGCAGCUCGGAGGACGCUUUCAGAAACUCUGCCAUUGGUGCCUCCGUGAAACUGGAUUCCUCUGACUGCUGAUUUCAGAAGAUGCUCAAAGCCAAAUCUUUAGGUGCCUAA